AUGUGUAUUCAAAAUGAACUAGGUGAUAAUACUGUUGAUGAAAAUGAAAUUCGUAAAGUACCAAAAGUUUCGAAAAAUGUAACCAAAAUUAAGCACCCACCUAAAAAGCCCGCUUCCCAUAAUCAUAAUAGCGAUAAAAGUCCACAAAUCGGACUUAAUCCUAUAGGUCACGGAUCUCAUGUCAAUAACAUUGAAGCUAACUAUCCGUUACCGCCAGAAGCUGAGUACGAUCACGUUGUGCGACCUCAACGACCCCAUCCAAAGCCCAACCCGGAAGACAUCAUAACUCCAGAACCGAUAUAUCCUGAACAUCACAGACCACAAUCUGAAUGGGAUUGGGAUGAACCGUAUCCCGAAAAACCUCGACCAGAGUAUGAACCCGAACCGGAAAGUGAAUACAAUCCGGAACCAUAUCCUGAGGAAGAACCGGAACCCGAAUGGUCAGUACCGUAUCCGGAAAGGCCUGAACCUGAACCCGAAAAAAUAACACCCGAACCCAUUUAUUUGCCGGAACCCGAACGGCCACAUAGACCUAAACCUGAACGACCUCAAUGGCCAACCAGACCUGAAAGCGCACCUCUUCCUUGGGAUAGUCAUCCCGAGUACAUUGAACCGGAAUAUUCAAAACCAGAAAACCAUAGACCUAACCAUCAAAUACAAGAAAAUAAUAACUGGGAUUAUAAUAAACCAAUUCAUCAAUCAAAUCAAUAUAAUAAACCAAAGCCUAAACCAGAAUCGCAUAGACCUGAACACCAAAAACCUAGACCAGAACGACCUAAACCUGAACACCAUUACAAACCUAAACCCGAACACCAGCACAGACCUGAACCGGAACACUCGUGGCCCGAAUCAGUAGUACCUCAACAUGAGUGGCACGAACCGCACCGACCGGAUUCUCACUAUCCGAGCCAACACCAUCACCAACAGCAUCAUAGACCAGAACCGAUACCCGAAAUUAAUUUAAUCGAUGAUUAUGUUUCAUCCGAAUACGCACCGGCAUUAUUGCCCGUACAUCACCCGAAUCUUGACUAUGAAGUACAUAAAACACCUGAUCUACUCCCACCUAUCAAUAAGCCUAGAUUUAAUGAAAUGGAGUCAUCGACAUCAGUAAACAAUGUGUUAAAUUCAUGA